GAUUCGAUCUUAUAUAGGAAACAGAUCAACCGUAGAUGACUCUUCAGUUUGAUGUCAUCCACAAUGUCUCCUUUCGACCUGAUCAUCGUUCUUCUCGCUUUGCCGAUUAUUCUGGUUAACUGCUACCCACGUCCGGACGAAGAUCCCUCCAAGAAGUGUGAAGACGAGCUCGUCAAACUGAAAGCGGCCAUUUCAACUGUGUCAAGUUCCCAACCAGUUAACAACGAUCUUCUUCCCAAUUUGACCAAGUGUCCGAAGUUGAUCAUGACUAGCGCGAUGUUGAAAGCCGUAGCUCAUGGUAUGAUGGCCCUGAAAGAUCGAGGCGUAACCAACAUGGAGGCGCAGCUGCUGCGGGAGUCAUUCGAGGAAAAGCUAAACGAUAUCGCCAAGAACAAGGAAAUCUUCGAUCAGACCCAGGGACAAAUGGCGGAAAAGAUCAAUAAGCUCCAGGCGGAACUGACCAAAGUGCAGAAGGAAAUUAGGGAACAGACUUUAUUAAUAAAACAUUAAAAUAAUA